UUUUAUAUAAAUAUAUACAGUGCAUUAGAGAAAUACUUCAUUACCCAUUUCUAUCUCAAGUGAUACUGACAAGACAAGCACCAUGAAGUUCUUGAUUGUAGCUGCCCUGCUGGGAGUUUCUCUGACUCUGUCUCUCGCAAAUGAUAACAUCAACAUCAAUAACUCUGGAAAUGAUGGAGGCAGUGUUUCUCAGAAUGUCAAUAUCAACAAUGCAAACAACAUAGCCACCAUUAACAAUCUAAAUGGAUGGAAUUCUUGGGAUUCCAUUUGUGAUUAUGGCAGAGGAUUUGCAGCAACUCGCCUGUUUCAAAAGAAAAUAUGUGUGGUCACCAAAAUCAACAAGGAUUCCUUCCCCAGCCUGACCCAGCUGAGUGCUAUUGGCAAGGAUAAAAAGAGGCCAUCCACCACCAACCUGAGGACCUAUACAGUCAACCAGAAAGCCAUUGACAACAUUGGGGAAUAUGGGCAGCACAUUGAAUCUCUAUGCAAAGGACUCCCAACGUACACUGGUCAGGAGAUGCCAGUUAUGGAGGAAGGCUUUGCCCUAUGCCACACAUCCAGCAUCAUCACAAUUUUGGGGAUUAGUUUCUGUUUUUAAACGAAGGAGACCACUUCAUGGUCAGACAACAUCUUCUCUGGAAUCUCCUUUAUGUGGAUCCCUCCUCUCUCAUGCUUAAUAAAAAAGACUUGUUCAUUACAAA